AUGCAUAUGUCGGGAUCUUGGACCCUUUUGAGGGGCCUUUUGAUCCCCCUUCUUUUCUCUGGAUCGAUAUCUGCUAUUGAAUUAGAUAUCACUGAUGAACAGUCGAUCAAAGAUGCCGCCAGCACUACAACUUACGCUAUGAUGACCUACUACCAUGGCAAUGAAACAGGCCAUAUCCCCGGUUCCUUUCCUACAAAAUGGUGGGAGGGUUCAGCUCUCUUCCUAGCCCUCCUACAGUAUUGGCAUUUUACAGGGGACACAACUUACAAUGAUGAACUUCGGGUCGGUUUGGAAUGGCAGGCUGGUGACAACGAUUAUUUGCCGACCAAUUACAGCUCCUGGAUUGGAAAUGAUGACCAGAUGUUUUGGGGCCUAGCCGCCAUGACCGCAGCCGAGCUGAAAUUCGCCGAUGCCCCCAAUAUUGGAUCCGGAUACUCAUGGCUUUCCCUCGCACAGGGUGUCUAUAACUAUCAAAUCAAAGAAUGGGAUACAACUAGUUGUGAUGGUGGUCUUAGGUGGCAGAUUUGGACUUACGAAUCUGGCUACGAUAUGAAAAACUCCAUCUCCAAUGGUGGACUGUUCCAAUUAGCGGCUCGCCUUGCACGCUAUACGAACACGGCAUCAUAUGCCACUUGGGCCGAGAAGAUCUGGGAUUGGUCCGUAUCCUCGCCCUUGCUCAGUAACACAACCUGGAAUGUGGCCGAUUCUACCGACACUACGAACAAUUGUAAAACCCAGGGUGAUGAUCAAUGGUCAUACAAUUACGGUACAUAUAUGAUGGGCGCUGCUUAUAUGUACAACUAUACCAAUGGCAGCACAGUCUGGCUCGAGGCCGUCAACGGUUUAUUGAACAAGACCUUCGACCACUUUCUCACUGACGACAUCUUGGAGGAAAAGUUAUGUGAGCCAAGUGCAAGCUGCAACGACAAUGAAAUCCUAUUCAAAGGACUCGUAUCAUCUUGGCUGUCCUUCACAGCUCUCUUGGUUCCAUCGACCUAUGAUACGAUCUUACCCGUCCUUCAAACCUCUGCCCAGGCAGCUGCUAAAUCCUGUACGGGCCUCAACAACAAUACAUGCGGAGUGACUUGGUAUAAGUCGGAGUAUGAUGGCUUGAUUGGCAUGGAAGAACAGAUAAGCGCUACGAAUAUUUUCGUGGCUAACAUGAUCGCCUUUGACCGUUCAGCGCCAGUCACUUCCACCACGGGCGGUAACAGUACAAGCAAUCCUACCGCUGGUGAAAAUGACACGAGUGCAAGCACUUCCACUGAUUCAGCCAUAACAACGGGAGAUAGAGCCGGGGCUGGAAUAUUGACGGCAAUCUUCGUCGCGGGCUGGGUGGCCAUCAUGGGGUGGACUGUUCUCGGUGGUUAA